AUGUCACAACAUCUACACUUCCGGCGCUCGUACCGGUCGGCGCCGCCUAAACUCGUGCCGGCGAUCAUCUCGUGUCAGACCUCCUGUUGUCUCGUCUUUCUGGGCGUCGUUCUACUUAUCGCCGGAAGUAUAGCCCGUUUCGUGGCCGGCAAUGACAGCCCGCCCUCCAAGGAGUUCGACACCAAAUUCUUUAACGAUGCCAGGAGUGACUUUGCCAAAGGUCCCAGAAUUGUAGGGGGAAUACUAUUGAUAAUUGGUUCGGCAAUAACCGGGGUCUCGAUCAUCGGUUUUAUAAUGUCAUGCUGCUUUUAUGCUAAAUACCAGGGGGAAAGGCAUUUAGUGAUAACGGCUCAACCCAUGUCAAACCCAAUUUUAUUCAACCCUAACAUGACUGGUGCCUAUCCACACGCACCAACACCUAUACAGAUACCGGUAUCAAAUGUCGACUAUCCAUAUACAAAUAAUAUGAGUUAUCAGUACCCGGGACCUGUCGUAUCAUCUGUAUACAAACAGCAGGGUCAAUGUGAAAUGCUGGAUGAUAAGUCUACGCGGUUUAUAAAAGACCGGUUCGAGGAAUUAGCACAUAAGGAAAAAGAGAUGUUUAAAGAAAAUGAUAGGCCUACGUUUGAAGUGCACGCAGCCGACGCACUGGCAGUUCAGUGGCCCCGACCCACACAUACCCCACUUAUUACAGCAAUAAGCCGUACCCGACUCGGGAUCGCAAAUAUGGUGUUCCCCAUGAACCUUAGGCACAAACCUACCACACCUACCGGCCCUAUUGGCGCCAUCCGAUUCAGUCCAUCAUAA